GAUAGUCCAUAGUCCAUAUACAAAGAAGUAAAUGGACUGGGGGCACACUGAGGGCCCCCUAAGAGAAAGGCAGGGUCACCAGAAAGGAACACCACUGCCCAAGGGGUGAUGCUGGAAGAUUUCACUGAUCUGUAAUGGGGAGAGGCCAAAGGAUGGAAGGAGAGGUUGGAUAGACAAACAGUGUGGAGGGGUGAGAGAAGGAAAGAGAGACAGGAAAGAGGGGAAAAGGAAAGAGGGGAAAGGAAAGAAUGGAAGCGAAGUGGGAGAGGGAGCAAGAUAGGUGGAGUGGAUAGAUGGAGCAAGAUAGAGUGUGGAGGGAAAAGAGAGGAGAGGGGAGGGGGGGGAGAGAAGAGUUAGGGCCUGGACAGGACAGGGAGAAGAAAAGAAGGGAAAAGGACAGAGGAGACAAGGAGCCCUGGAAGAGAGAAAUAAUGGGAAAGAAGUAAAGUGAGAGGGAGAGGGAAGAGGCAGAGAGAAGAGAACCCAAAGAACUAAGAGAAGAGAAAGAGAGAGAGAGAGAGAGAGAGAGAGAGAGAGAGAGAGAGAGAGAGAGAGAGAGAGAGAGAGAGAGAGAGAGAGAGAGAGAGAGAGAGAGAGAGAGAACGAGAGAGAGCGAGCCAGGCUGGGUCAUGUGAUCCACUUGCCUGCUCCUUUAAAGCGUCCACAGCCCGUGGCAGAGCGAGCUAGCGAGGGAGCGAGCGAGCGAGCACAAUCACGGCUCUCGGCACCCGGGAGCCCGACCCGGAGCCGGCUCGUGCGCUGAAUCAGUGUCGCGGUCCGCCCUCCCUCCCUCCCCAUCCCGUGGCCGCUUUAGUCCCCUGAAGUUUUGCAGCCGCCGAAGAGCCGGGGGGCGGCCGGAGCGCCCAGAGGAGGGGGCGCAGAGAAGCCGAGCCAGCCAAGCGAAGGAACGGGCAGGCGCCGGUUGGGGGGAGAGGCGGCAACAUGGCUGGGGCAAUUAUCGAGAACAUGAGCACCAAGAAGCUGUGCAUCGUCGGGGGGAUUCUGCUCGUUUUCCAAGUCAUCGCCUUCCUGGUGGGGGGCUUGAUCGCCCCCGGCCCCACCACGGCCGUGUCCUACAUGUCCGUGAAGUGCGUCGACUCCAGGAAGGUGCACCACAAGUCCAAGUGGUUCAUGCCGUGGGGCUCCAACCAGUGCGACAAGAUCCGCGACUUCGACGAGGCUCCGCCCAAGAGGAUCGAGGCCAACGACAUCGUGUUCGCCGUGCACGUGCCGCUGCCCGCCAUGGAGAUGAGCCCCUGGUUCCAGUUCAUGCUCUUCAUUCUGCAGCUGGACAUCGCGUUCAAGCUCAACAACCAGAUCAGAGACAAUGCAGAAGUCUCCCUUGAUGUCUCCUUGGCUUAUCGUGAUGAUAUGUUGGCUGAAUGGACAGAAAUGACCCACGAGAGAGUCCCCCGGAAACUCAAAUGCACCUUCACCUCCCCCAAGAUUCCGGAGCACGAGGGCCGUUACUACGAAUGUGAUGUUCUCCCUUUCAUGGAAAUCGGGACUGUGGCUCACAAGUAUUAUCUCUUCAACAUCCGGCUGCCCGUGAAUGAAAAAAAGAAAAUCAAUGUUGGGAUCGGGGAGAUCAAGGAUAUCCGCUUGGUGGGGAUCCAUCAAAACGGAGGCUUCACCAAGGUGUGGUUCGCCAUGAAAACCUUCCUCACGCCCAGCAUCUUCAUCAUCAUGGUGUGGUACUGGCGCCGGAUCACCAUGAUGACGCGCCCUCCGGUCCUGCUGGAGAAGGUCAUCUUCGCCCUGGGGAUCUCCAUGACGUUCAUCAAUGUCCCGGUGGAGUGGUUUUCCAUUGGCUUUGACUGGACCUGGAUGUUGCUCUUCGGGGACAUCCGACAGGGGAUCUUCUACGCCAUGCUUCUUUCCUUCUGGAUUAUCUUCUGUGGUGAGCACAUGAUGGAUCAGAAUGAACGGAACCACAUCUCUGGCUACUGGAAACAGGUGGGGCCCAUCGCUGUUGGCUCCUUCUGCCUCUUCAUAUUUGACAUGUGUGAGAGAGGGGUGCAGCUGACCAACCCCUUCUACAGCAUCUGGACCACAGAUGUGGGCACCGAGCUGGCCAUGGCCUUCAUCAUCGUCGCCGGGAUCUGCCUCUGCCUCUAUUUCCUGUUUCUGUGUUUCAUGGUCUUCCAGGUGUUCCGGAACAUUAGCGGGAAGCAGUCAAGCCUGCCUGCAAUGAGCAAAGUUCGCCGGCUACACUACGAGGGCCUGAUUUUCCGAUUCAAAUUCCUCAUGCUCGUCACCUUGGCCUGUGCCGCCAUGACGGUCAUCUUCUUCAUCGUUAGCCAGGUGACAGAAGGCCACUGGAAAUGGGGUGGCGUCACGGUCCAGGUGAACAGCGCCUUUUUCACGGGCAUCUACGGCAUGUGGAAUCUCUAUGUCUUUGCCUUGAUGUUCCUGUAUGCGCCAUCUCACAAAAACUAUGGCGAAGACCCAUCCAAUGGCGAUCUGGGCAUCCACAGUGCCGAGGAACUGCAGCUCACGACCACCAUAACGCACGUGGAUGGACCGACCGAAAUCUACAAGCUGACCCGCAAAGAGGCUCAAGAGUAGACGCUUCGCCGACCCCCCCCCCUCGGCUCGGGGCAGACAGGAGCCCACCCCCACGUGGGCAGGGAGCACCUUGGAGAGCAACACCUGGAUGGAAGCCUCAAGCUUUUCCUCCCACAUGGUGGCACGGACACUUGUAAACUUUCCUUCGUGUGGUAGCUUGGGGGGUGGGGGGCCUACGCACGGCGGGUCACGUCGGAGGGCCAAGCCUCUCGUUCUGUGCCUGUCGAUGGCUAGUGACGUCUGUAGUGGAUGGGUAGGAAACCCCCUGUGCUGGGGCCAUUCUUGCUCCGGAAUGGCCUGCGGCGACCGACUGCGCCACGUGGGUAUUGAACCUUGUUUCUGUUUUAGCUAAAUCUCCUUGGAACCAUGCUAGACUGAUUUCCUAGGCCUCUUCCUCCUAGACCAAGACUGUGUCUGUCUUUCUAUUUAUAUCCUCAGUAGCCUGCUCAGUUAAUAUUUAUGUCGUCAAUAAAUACGUGUCCCUCCUUUGUUCUAGCCUAGUGUCAUGUAACACGUUUGGGGAAAACUUGCCAUUUCACAAGGAGUGUUGCAGCUUUACAGCCAAAUCCAGUGUGUGUAUCCAGUACUAACCAGUCUUGUACGGUGUAGAUAUUUUUUUAUUUUUGCUAAACUUCUCAAGUAGAGUUUAUGGUAUUAAAUGGCCUCUGGGUCUGAAAAGUC